AUGGCAGUAAUCGUUUCCCAUUUGUGCUGGACGGAUCUUAUUUUGUUUUUAUAUCUCGUAAUUUCUCAUUAGAAGAUGCAAAAUAGUGAAGUUGAAGUGGAGUUCAUAAGCGGCAGUUUACCUCAUGAACACACCACUGAAAUGAUGAACACUAAAAGCCAAUAUGGAGUUCCUGAAAAUUACAAUCCUGCAGAUCAUCCCCCAGUGAAAAUGAGAAAUCAUAAUAAUUCAGACCAAAGUGAAACCCAAAGGAAAAGGAGGUCAAAGAACAGAUUGUCGAACAGAAGAAGUACAGGUUUCGUCUCGUCAGAUACAGUUGAAGAGGCUUCUAAGUUGGGACCAGAUGGAGAAUCAAACGGUCACAAAGUUUGACAUUUUUUGUUUUGGAAUGAAUUAAAUAUUUUACAAGAUUGUUGCUCUUUAAAGUCAAGAAGGUUACUGACAUUUCACAACUAUCUUUAAGGCUAAAUUUUAAUGAAAUGUGUGCAAGAGGUAAUAAGUACGGGGUAUGUCCACAAAGUAAGGGAACUAAUUUUUUUUUAAAAGGUUUAUCAAACACUAUUUUUCGACGUAGUCGUCUUCACCUCAAUACACUUUGUGAGCACAGGGAUGAGCUUUCUGUUAAAUCACACCGUCUUCUUCGUAGGGCUGGCGGAAUUCGAAGUAGCGACACUCAUUUCAACACGCCACUACAACAACAGUUCUCAACUGACUGAGACAAAUGAGCACGCGUUCUGCUCCCAACACCUUGGGCUUGAAUGCAGUUUUGUCAACUUUGUCGAAAACAAAAACCACAGGGUAUCAGAGUCUCAAUACUCUUACUUUGUGGAUAUGCUUCGUAGACAUACAAAACUUUUUGUACAUAACAUCUAGUGUAAGAUAGAGCACCUCAAGGAUUAUUUAGAAAUAUUGACUCACUACAAUAAGAAGCUUAUUUCAAGUUACCUGUAUUAUUAAGUGAGUGAAUGAAUAGGCUGAAUAUCAUAUUAAUUUAUUCCGACAUAAAUUUAUAUUUAUUUAAUUAUUAAGUAGAAAUGUAACAAUUAAUCCUUACUAAGAACAAAUUAGUUAAUACGUAUGUGUAAUUUUUGUUCCUUUACAAAGUGAUAAUAGAUUAUAUAACAAAUUAGGUAAUUACAAUAAAUUUAUAUUUUACAAUUA